GACCAUAGCCCACCCCCCGCUCUCUCCCGUUAUGAAGACGGGAAAAGUCAUUAAGCACAAAUGGGGAGGAGUGAGCAGCUCGUCAUUUGCUUUUGCUUGAGAGGCAAAGCUCAGAACCAUAGACAGACAGAGAGAGAGCCAACAGAGGUCUGUGCAAGGGUAUGGGAAUAUCAGCAACACUUUCACUAUGUGGGAUACAACAAUGGCAUACCACUAUUUGGGGGAACGCUGGCAAACAUAAUUUGGAAGUCUGUUUUUUGAGAGACCGUCAUGUAUAAUCUCCAGUUUUGUGGGGGUCACAACAGAAUUGGCUGAUGCAUGGACCGGUAGCUUGACAUUGGAAUUGCCUUUCAGGGUUUCAAUCAAGUCGUAAGUUAUUCACUCAUAUAGUGUGAUAUUUCAUGUUUUAUUCUUGUUUUUUUCUAUAAAAUAGCAACAGACUUGACAGCUUAUAUUGCUAAGUAAUCAUGAAAGAUAAGGAAUGGACUUUCCUGGACUUUCUUCCAUGAGCCCCUCACUCCUCCCUCACCUCUGUGGCUAAAUCAGAGGUGAGUGAGGGGCAGCAUCAGGUUGAGGACAGGGUGUUCAUGAUGGGGAACGUCAUGCGUGGCGCUGUGGCCUUCAUCCCCUCCGAGCGCUGCCAGCGUUUCCUGGUGGGCGACCUAAAGGAGAUGCCUCUUGAUCGGACACUAGACCUGAGCAAUUUCCAGCUGCGUCGGCUUCCUAUGGCUGCCUGCCUGUUCAAUGAGCUGGUAAAGCUUUACCUGAGUGGCAACAACCUGAACACCCUACCUGCAGACCUGCAGGACCUGAGGAAGCUGCAGCUCCUAGCUUUAGACUUUAACAGUUUCGAAGAGCUGCCUGCGGCGGUGUGUCAGCUACCCCAGCUUAACAUCCUGUAUCUGGGCAACAACAAGCUCUGGAGCCUCCCCCGGGAGCUGCGUGAGUUGAAAGAACUUAAUACCCUUUGGUUGGAGACAAACCGCUUCAUUGAGUUCCCUAGUGUAGUCUGCGACCUCUCCAACCUCAAGACCCUCCAUCUGGGGUACAACCAGAUAAGCAAACUGCCAAUGGAGCUCAGUGGGCUGAAGGAGCUGAGGAGUAUCUGGCUAGCCGGGAACCAGCUGUUUGAGUUCCCGCCAGUGUUGCUUGCCAUGCACUUUCUGACUGUGAUUGAUGUGGACAGCAACAACAUCUGCCGUUUUCCCGGUCUCUCCCACUUGCAGGGGUUAAAACUGGUAAUCUACGACCACAACCCCUGUGUGAACGCACCUGUGGUCGGGGAGGGGGUCAGGAGGGUUGGACGCUGGGCGGACAGCUCAGAUGAUGAAGAGGAUGGUGAGGAUGGGUCGAAAGUGUGUGAGACGCUGACUGAGGUGAAGGAGCUUGCCACAGAGCUUGCCUCAGAGGGAGAAUUGGACACACUACUUGAAAAGGGUCGUGGAACAAUCUGACCUUCAGCCGUGGAUAGGCUGGAGAACAGGAUGCCAGUCAAGUGGAGCACUUACUGGAGAGCGGCCAUUUGUCUCGGCAUGUUACACAAGCAGACAGGCCUGAUGGUGUUGGCUUCCAAAUAUGGUAAAGCCAAUAAUAUGGACCUAAACACAGAUGACAAAUAAUAAGCCAUUACAAUUGGUUUUCCAUCAUGAUGAAACAUGGACCUCAUGAAAAGCUCCAGGAGAAAUCUCACAUGAAGUUCUCUAUUACAUAACUGUCUGCAGACUUGAAUGAAAUUGUGGCUAGUUUUUAGUUAAUUUAACAGGUGAUUAUCCAAUUUAAAUAAUUUAUUGAGUCAUGAAGAAAUUCUACCAGGUGUCCCUAUUCAUGAACUUUUGCUGGGGGCAGUAUACUGUUUGUAUAGCAUUGAGUACAGAGCAAAUUCUCCUGUGUUAAAUCAAUACUGACUGUAUAAAUGUAACACUGGCCAUGGCUACACAGGUCCACACUUUUGAGUGUUAAAUGAACACUGUGCUUAGUGCUGACACUAUUACACUUUGUCAGUGUUAAGGAAUUAAAACUUUCAGUGUUGUGCAAUAACACCUUAUAUUGUAUUUUUACCCAUUACAAGGUCACACAGUUGGGUUAAGGACAUUACAAUAAUGUUUCAAGUCUUUAUUGUAACAUGCUCUUAUGUAAGAGUUUAUAAAAACAUCAGAACUGGAAGCAGACAUGCUCAAAUGUUUAUUAACAUAACUAUAGACCACUUAAACUAGUACAACGCUUCCACUCACAGGUGGCCAAAAAUACCUAAUUGAAAGCCACGUCCCAAUAAACCACACCUCAAAUAUAAUUUCCCAGUGUGCCUUGCCUUUUCGAGUGAAUUGUAUCCUUAACGCCCAUGACUGUAUUAGUUAGUGACAGAGGCAUCGUUGUUAAAUUAAUUCUUUUUCAGUCCUGUGGACUUCAAGUGGGUUCCUACUGUAGGCAAAUGUUAUCAUUAAAAUGAAACUGUUUAUGACAAUACAUUACAUAUAUCAUAAAGACCUUACUUUGACGGCCAAGUUUUACACAGUGGUGUUAGGAACCUCCUGGUUUACAAGCCACAUCAGGCCUGCAAGUCAUAUUAUGCUGGUUUGCUAAAUUAUAUGUAAUUUCUAUUGGAAUCCAGCCAGAGUUAGGACAGCCAACAAUUUAAAAAAUUUAUUCACCCGCAUCCUGCGCUAAUAAUGAUUAUCAGGGUUAGGAACAUUGAUAAAAGAGACUACC